AUGAAAUAAUAUAACAAAUUUAUCCCUGUCUAUUUGGAAAUAUGUCCAGAGAGAUUAUAUAAAAGAAUUUCAUCAAAUCAACAUAUUUAUUGUUCUUUAUACAAGUGUAUAUUGAAAAAAUUUACAUUUUAUGAAUAAGUUCUACCAAAUCAUAAAUAUGGCAUUACACUACAAUAAAGAUAUUAAUAGGAGACAUUUCUUUUAGAUUCAGAAAAGGAAUUUAGAAAAUGGUUUCUAUUAUUCAAAAGAUAUUUUUUUUUGGAUAAAUUUAAACAAAAAUUUAAAGUACUUAACAGAUCUAAAAUGACAGAUCCUUUAUUUGGAUAAUGCUAUUAUAAUUGCAUUCAUAGUAAUAAUUAUAAAUUAGUUAAAUUGAUUGAUAAAACAAUCAUAACAAAUUAUUAAUUGUAAUGUUUAAGUAAAGCAAUAAGUAACCUUCGUAAAUUGAAGAAUUAUUUUAAUAACAUAGUUAUCCUUUGA